UUCAUUGGCUAGUUUCACCACCAUGGCGCCAACCCGGAAGUUGCUGAAAGUCGAAGGACAACAAAAGUAGCUAGCUAGCAACUGUUACAUUUGGUUUUGUUAGUUUAAUUUGUGCUAACGUUGAAUGGUUAAAAUACGUAUGUGGUUAAUAGGUAGUCCGUUAAGGUAAAGGUAGGACUGUUAUCGUUGUGUAUUCCUUGAGCUUGCAACCGUAGCCAGCACGCUUGCUAACGUUAGCAACACUGCCCCUCAACGGACAGACCAGGGUCAGGUGAAUAUCAAAUUAUUGAUUAAUUGAAAAAUUUAUUGGCGUAGAAAUCAACACAAAUUGCAGUAACAUGGAGGACAGGACCAAGGAACUCGAAAGACCAGGUUGCUUGAGUGUCGGUCAGAAUUCAGAAGAGGCGACACCAACCGAUGGUAGCCGCCAGAACAGCGUUGACAACGAUGGCUCUGAAGACCACGAUGGGACAUCCAAUAAUGCUGACUCCGAGGAUGAGCCUGAACUUCCUCUUAAUCAAUUCUACCCAUAUAUCCGCUGUGCUCUCUGCUGCGGGUUCCUCAUCGAUGCCACCACCAUAACAGAGUGUCUGCACACUUUUUGUAAAAGCUGCAUUGUGAAGCACUUUUUCUACAGCAACAGGUGUCCCAAUUGCAGCAUUGUGGUCCACCAGACACAACCACUGUACAAUAUAAGACCUGACAGACAGUUGCAAGAUAUUGUUUACAAGAUGCUGCCACAUCUAGAAGAAUUGGAGAGAGCAAGGAUGAUAGAUUUUUACAAACAGAGAGGACUGGAGGUGCCUAAACCAGUGGUGGCGUCCCCCGCGGUCCCUGUGCUGAAGAACCAGAAGCAGAGGAGGGAGUUGCUGCCCCAGUCUGUCUUCACCAUCCCUCCUGAACUGGAUGUGUCUCUGCAGCUGGAGUUUGUGGGAGCGGAAGAAGGCAUUAACAACUAUAAGCCUUUGGAGAGGCGGUACGUGCGAGUGUCGGGAGAAGCCACUGUCCGCCAUGUGGAACUUUUCAUCAGGAGGAAGAUGGAGCUGAGUCCUACCUGCCAGGUGGAUGUCGUGUGUGGAGACCACCUCCUGGACCGUUACCAGUCGCUGCGAGAGAUUCAGGGCUCCCUGGGAGACGAUGCUCUACAGGAUGGUAUUUUGGUUCUCCACUUUGGACUGGUGCUGCCUGCUCACAUGUGAGGGGAAAGUGGGAUGGAUGUGAUCCUGAUAUUAAUGCUGACCUUCAGGGAACCACGGUCUUCAUUCUUGUUACUAAUGCCUUACAGAAUCAAGUCUUCUCCUCUCUGCCUACUUGCCUGACUAUUUUCCAGAUGCCUUCUUCUGUAAAUUGUUAUGGUUAGGUUAUAGUUUUCAGUCUGAGAGACUGAAGUGAUUUCAGAGGGCUCGAAGAGAAAAAGGACCCGUCAUGCUACUACUACCAAAAUCUCAUGUUUUUGAAACACUAGUUAUGAGUUAAAUGUACACUGUAUCUGUAAUCUGUACUGUUUCCUUAUUUUACAUCAUUUUAGAGCUUUGAACGUUUGUACAGACUGUCUGUACACUCUUAGUGUCACUUCAUGUCAUUGUUUUGAAUAUUGAUUAACCAUUCAAGUUUUUCCUGACCAGAGUUUAGAGACACACACAGCUGUUACUUGAAGAUAAUUCAAACAGGCCUUUUUGAUACAACCAAUACAACAAGUUGGGUUUUGAUACAUGCAGUUUCUCAAUAUUAACACUAAUAAAAUACUAUGCAAUAUUA